AUGGCAUGCCUCACGGCGUCCGCCCUCAUCUGCACCAUCGAAUCGUCUCAACUGCACCAUCUUCCUCAUCGCCUCUCUGCGCUUCUAACCUAUUUUCGUGCAAUCCACACCAUCUCUCCCGCUCAUCAGGCUGUGCUGUCGAUGUCAUGCCUAAUGGCCUUUGCUCUCAACUACACCAUCUUCCUCAACACUUCUAUCAACUCUGCCCUCACCCAAACCAUGUGUGGCAACAUCAAGGAUUUAGGAACGGUUGGAAUCGGUUGGGCACUUUUUGGAGGCUUGCCGUUUGACCUGGUAAGAGUGGCAAGGGGAAGAGUGGGGAAGGGUAUGAAGGGUGGGGAUUUUGGUGGGGUAUUUGGGGGAUAA